AUGGAACAACAUGGUCUAGACAUAUUGGGAUCGUGGUUCGGGACCCAUUGUGAUAUCACAUCGUCUACUGCAUUGGUCAAACUUGAGCUCCACCAACAUAGAGCAUCUUUGGAAGUCGGUAAUGUGUUUUUUGUUACUUGUUGGGCUACCACUCAUACAAGUAGAAGCAAAAUCUACGUUGCAAAAGAUGGAACUGGAGAUUUCUACACUAUUGGAGAAGCUGUUGCUGCAGCUCCAAACUAUAGUAAAACACCCACUGAUAUUAUGAUAAAGAAGGGAGUUUACCUUGAAUAUAUUAUAAUUGAAACCGAGAAGACAAAUAUAGCUUUCAUCGGGGAUGGUAUGCACAAAACCGUUAUAUCUGGAAAUAGAAGCAGUGCUAGUGGUCUUCAAAUGGAUCAGACAGCAACCGUUGCAAUUUUUGGAGUUGGUUUCAUUGCAAAGGGAAUAUCAUUCAAAAAUACAGCCGGUUUAGGGCACCAAGCUGUUGCCCUUAAAAGUAAUGUUCAAUCUGCCUUUUAUAAGUGCAGUUUUCAUGGAUAUCAAGACACUCUAUACACUAAACAUGGAAGACAAUUCUAUAGAGAUUGUGUAAUCUAUGGGAAAACCGAUUUCAUUUAUGGGAAUGCUGCAGUCGUUUUUCAGAAUUGUUUUAUUAUUGCGCGUAAUAGGGGAGGGACUAUAAUAACCGCUCAAGGAAGGGAAGGUCCUUAUGAAAAAGGAGGAACAAUACUACAUAAUUGCACAAUAACAUAUGAUCAUCAUUAUAGAUCAUCAUCCAUUAAGACAUACUUGGGGAGACCAUGGCAGUUAUAUUCUAGGGUUGUUGUGAUGCAAAGUUUUAUAGAUGAUUUUAUUGAUCCUAAGGGAUGGCUUAAUAUCAAAGAGACAAAUCUCGAUAAAUUAUUUUACGCGGAAUAUAAAAACCGAGGUCGUGGUGCUAACACUACAGGUAGAGUUAAAUGGCCGGGAUACAAAGUGUUUACUGAGCCAAACGAAGUGUUACAAUUUACAGUGAAUAAUUUCAUUCAGGGGAAUGAGUGGAUACCCUCUACUGGUAUUCCAUUUAUUCCAGGUUUAUUAUAA